CGCCGAAAUUGAAAGUAAUCUUGUUUUCUCUCACUAAAAAAAUACUUCGCGCCAGUCAGUCAUCGUAGACUUGUAAUCGUCCUCAUCUUCAUCAUCUUCCUUAUUGAUAAUUAUCCGCAAUGCUCCAUCUUUGCUCCCUGCUUCUCCUUCAAUUCCGACGAAAGUUUAUUAUUAUUGCCUUUUCUUCUUUGAUUAUCAUCACCACUAUUUUCACCAUUAUCACAACUCCUUCAAUUUCUCACAAUACUUCCAACUAACCUCUUUUUCUCAACUGAAAUCUCUAAUUUCUUUCAAUCUGCAACUCAUUUCUUCUCUUUCAAAGGAUUUCUAUUACUACCUGUGAUUCAACUUCAAGAUGUCAGUUUCAGCUCAACAAAUAUCUGCUUUCAAGAGCUACGGUGGAUUGUUAAAGGAAGAUCACCGGAUUCCGCGGCCAUCUUUCAUUGCAAAUCCGAAGAAAAGGAAUUCCAAAUGGACAUUCCCUCAGGCUGCUGUAAUACCUAAUUUCCAUCUUCCAAUGCGAAGUUUCGAGGUUAAAAACAGAACAUCAUCAGAAGAAAUAAAGUCUUUGAGACUGAUAACAGCCAUCAAGACACCAUAUCUUCCAGAUGGAAGAUUCGAUCUCGAAGCAUACGAUGCAUUAAUGCAUAUGCAAAUCAAAGACGGAGUUGAAGCUGUGAUUGUUGGUGGUACGACCGGUGAAGGACAAUUAAUGAGUUGGGAUGAACAUAUCAUGCUCAUUGGUCAUACAGUAAACUGUUUUGGAGGAUCAAUCAAAGUCAUUGGAAACACAGGUAGUAACUCCACUCGCGAAGCAAUCCACGCUACUGAACAAGGAUUCGCUGUCGGUAUGCACGCUGCUCUUCACAUAAACCCUUAUUACGGGAAAACUUCUUUAGAAGGAAUUCUUUCUCAUUUCGAAAGUGUUCUCCCAAUGGGGCCAACCAUUAUAUACAAUGUCCCUUCAAGAACAGGCCAAGAUAUCCCGCCUCAGGUAAUUCAGGUUUUGGCCCAGAAUUCGAAUCUAGCAGGUGUGAAAGAGUGUAUGGGAAACGAACGAGUUGAGCAGUAUACAAACGAUGGAAUUGUUGUUUGGAGUGGGAAUGAUGAUCAAUGUCAUGAUGCUAGAUGGGGACAUGGUGCGACUGGUGUUAUAUCGGUUGUUAGUAAUCUUGUCCCGGGAUUAAUGAAAGAGAUUAUGUUUUCUGGGAAGAACUUGUCUUUAAAUUCAAAGAUUAUGCCUUUGAUUGAAUGGCUUUUCGUUGAGCCUAAUCCGAUUGGGUUAAAUACAGCUCUUGCACAGCUUGGUGUGGUGAGACCUGUUUUUCGGCUGCCUUAUGUACCUCUUCCUUUGGCUAAGAGGUUGGAGUUUGUGAGAAUUGUGAAGGAAAUUGGUCGGGACAAGUUUAUAGGUGAAAAAGAGGUUCGGGUUCUUAGUGACGACGAUUUCAUUUUGGUUAGUCGCUAUUAGAUCGAUUAAUAUGUUGUUUUUCAUGAAAAAUAGUUGGAAAAGGUGUUCAUUUUGAGACUGAAUUUUUGUGUGUGAUUUGAAUCAAUAUUUAUGCAAUAACUAAAACCAUUUGUUAUUAA